AUGGGCGAAUCAAGAACCGAGUUGCUCGCAUGGAUAAACGAUUUGUUGCAAUUAAACUAUACAAAAGUAGAACAAAUGGGGACAGGCGCCGCUCAUUGUCAGAUUAUGGACUCGAUAUUUGGCGAUGUUCAAAUGAACAAAGUAAAAUUCGGAUCAAAACAUGAGUAUGAAUAUGUGGCAAAUUUCAAAGUGCUGCAAACUACAUUUGAUAAGCACAAAAUUGACAAGAUGGUUCCAGUUGAACGUCUUGUUAAAUGCAAGUUCCAAGAUAAUCUUGAAUUCUUACAAUGGAUGAAAAAAUAUUGGGAUACUUUUUAUCCUGGUGGUCCUUACGACGCACUCGCCAGACGGGGACCUGGAAAUAAUCCGGCCAAAACGGUCACUGGUGGUUCUGCCCCAAGGGUAGCCACAAAGAGACCAGCUGCUGGUGGAGGUAGUGCUACACAUCAUGCCGUUAGCACUGCCGGUAGUAAAUCUGGUGGUUAUGAUCAAGUUCAAAUUCUGGAAUUGAAUAAACAAGUUGAAGAAUUGAAAGUCACGGUGGACGGACUUGAGAAAGAACGCGACUUUUAUUUUGGAAAAUUGCGAGAUAUCGAGAUUCUCGUACAACAAUCAAUCGAAGAAGCGCCAGACAAUCAACUAUUGAAAGAGAUUCAAGCCAUUUUAUACAGUACAGAAGAUGGCUUCGAAGUUCCACCAGAAGGUGCUGCCCCAGUCGAAGGAGCAUAUGAAGAAGAAACAUUCUAA